CUCAAACCGAUGACCUACAGGAAGGAGGCCAACACCUAGCCUUUAUUUGCGGUUAAAUUGACCCUCAAGGUUAUUGAGCUCGAAAUUUGGAUGUAAUUCAUUAGGCUAUGAUUAGGAGGGAGAAUAAGAAUGACUGGUGUCGGGUUAGUUUUUGCUACUGGGAACAUCUAUGAAGGCUGAAUAAAAGCUGUACCCGGGUUCUUUUCAUAUGGGUGGUAGAUUCUUUCUUUUCUGUUGUCAUUUAGGAGAAAUGGCCUGCAAGUGCAGAAAUCACUAGAAGUUGCAGAUAGGUGAACUCUUGUUGGUCAUAGAGACACCGGUAAUCUUCUUUCUAAAUCAAACUCUUUCCUCCAGCCUCCAUUCUUCAUCGAUGAAGAGAUCCAUCAUCCAUAGUUGCCACCCGAAGGAGGUCCUGUUGGUAUGAAGAUUGUCCCACAUCGCUCAUGAAUUCGAUAAUCUUGCUCCAGAAAUUUUUUGGGAAGGCUACCAGGCAUUAUAUUGAAAUAAUGCAACUUUUUCUGUUAAUGUAGCAGGUUUUCAUAUGCGCCUAAUCAAUGCUUACUACUUGAAUUCCACAUUCAAUGGACAAGGGUACCACUCAAACUGUGUAUUCCAUACAGACUGGCCAAAACUGAAGACCAACGCAUUAAUGUGAAGAACAGAAUAGAAGUACUGAUGGUAUCUUCACCAAACCGCAAUGAUAUGGUAUUCCCAAAGUGUACUUAUUCUCAGGGUGGAUGGGAGAGCGACGAGACUGUUGAAGAAGCUGCAUGUCGCGAAGCGUUAGAGGAAGCUGGAGUAAGAGGAAUUCUAAAGGGAAAUUCUCUUGGAGAGUGGGAGUUUAGAAGUAAGAGCAAACAAGAAGCUUGUAGCGAAGAAGGGGGAUGCAAGGGAUACCUGUUUGCAUUAGAGGUGACCGAGGAGCUUGAAGCAUGGCCGGAGCAACAUAACCGCAACAGAAAAUGGGUGGCGAUUGAGGAAGCAUCCGUAUUGUGUCGCUAUGAGUGGAUGCGCAGUGCUCUGGGAGAAUUUGUAAGAGUGAUGGAAGACGGAAAAAACAAGAGGGAACACGAGAUGCUGGUCGAAAUGAAAGAAGAGGCGCCAAUGACCCAAGAAGGCGAAGAGUGUCAACUAAUGUCGACUAAUUGCCAUGUUAAUGGACCUAUGAGUACUACUUCCUUUGGUCUCAUGGUUCCUGCUGGCAUCUUCCUGUAGCCUUCCCGCCCCUGAUGCUUGAAAAAAAUGCUGUAAAUUUGGCUCGUUUUUCUCCUUAGUAGUCGAUGAAAGGCGGGUUUGUGAACGAGUAAGAAGAAACACUCCAUGUAUCUCUUGCACAUAUAUUUAGAGAUGUAUAGCCCAUUAGAGAUUGCAAGAUGAUCAUAUUGUGUUAUAGUGUAUGACACAAACCUCUUGGUUUCAAACUUCUUUGUUGGUAUUUCUUUGGCAUUUGACAUAGUUUUAGACAAUUAUGUAAGGAUGCUUACUUCCUUACCUGUCAGAUUAAAGCUACAGUCUGCAGGUACAACUGUAUAUUAUUGCAU